CACAAUGCAUCGAAAGAAAAAUAAGGCAGCUGCGGCGGACGGCGACGAUGGCCGGCGGCCGGGACGAAGAUGCCACGCGACGGCCUCGCUCGAGGCCUUGAGGUGGAGGCUGCGCUCACGGCCGAGGCAGCAUGGGAACUGAAGGAGGCUGUUGUGUCCAUGUCUGCUGGGUCCUUGGAUAUAGAUGUGGACUCGCCACCGCAUCUCCCCAUAGAGACCUCUGCUAACAAGGUUAUACUGGAUGGUGAAGAACAUUCUUUGGAAGUACCUGCUGCAAAUCCCCUAGAAGAUAGCAGCGAGAGAAUGAAUAGGUUAAUUGUUAUGCAGAAAAGGUUACUAGAAGCAAAGAAGCGAAAGAGAUCAAUUUCAUCAGUUCACACAUCAAAUUCUGCACAUUUGGACACUCAGUUAACCAGCUCUCCCACUCCGGUCUCUCCAGUUCAGAAAAGAAGCAAAAGAGUUGGUUCAAAAAAAUCACUAGUUUGGAGGCAUUUCGAUACAGGAUUAAGGGGUCAAGAUCCUGUUGCAGUGUGCAGAUAUUGUGGACAAGUAUAUGCAUGUGAUAGAUCCACACAUGGAACUAGCACCUUAUGGUACCAUCUAAAAAGUUUAUGCCCACAAGAGCCACUCAAGGGUCAGGGCAUGCAAAGGAAGGGCCAAGGGACACCCAAGCAAUCUUACAGUAUUGAAGACUGCCGCAAAGCACUCACUGAGAUGGUAAUAAUUGAUGAGAUACCUUUUAGAUCUAUUGAAGGUGAAGGAUUUAGAAGGUAUUCCAAAGUGCUACAGCCGAGGUUUGACCCACCUUCAAGAAUCACAGUAGCAAGGUAUUGCAUUCAAAGAUAUGUUGAAGAAAAGCCCAAAUUGAAGAAAAUUUUGAAGAAUCACAUAAUAUGCCUAACAACAGAUACUUGGACCUCCAAGCAAAACUUGAAUUAUAUGAGUCCAACAGCCCAUUGGAUUGAUGAUCACUGGAAGCUGCAGAAACGGAUCCUUAAUUUCUGUUCGGUUGCAGAUCACAGAGGGGAGACACUUGGAAAACAGGUUGAAGAAUGUUUGCUAGAUUGGCGUAUUGAUCCCCUAUUCACAGUCACAGUUGACAACGCAUCCUCCAAUGGCAAGCUAAUUGAAUACUUGAAGGGUGUGUGCGAAGACUGGAAUGGAGUUGUGUUAAAGAAUAAAUUUCUUCAUGUGAGGUGCUGCGCCCAUAUAGUCAACUUAGUCAUGAAGAGUGGACACGAGGAACACAAUCACUCUAUCGAGAAGAUAAGAACUGCAGUUAAAUUUGUGAGGUCUUCACCAUCAAGAUUGAAAAUCUUUAAGAAAUGUGCAGAAUUAGAGAAAAUAUCUAGUAGAAGUUUUUUGACCUUGGAUUUGGAGACGAGAUGGAAUGCUACCUACUUAAUGUUGGAGAAUGUUGAAAAGUUUGAGAAAGUUUUUGCAAGACUGGCAAAAGUGUGCACACCAUUCAAAGAAUGCUUUGCUAAUAGAGAUCCUCCCGAUCCAGAUGAUUGGCAAUCUGCAAGGCGAAUACUGUGUUUCUUGAAACUAUUUGAAAAUAUCACAAAUCGUCUCUCAGCCUCUCUGUAUGUAACUUCAAGCAUUGUUUUCCAUGACAUAAUGUUGAUGCGUGCAAAAUUGAUUGAGAUUGCUGGAGAAGAAGAUCCAACAUUAUCUUCAAUGGCAUAUCACAUGAAACUAAAAUUUGACAAGUACUGGAAACAUGAAGGCGAUCUGAACUACUUAUUAUUUAUUACUAUCAUUUUGGAUCCUAGAUACAAGCUUCAAUAUUUGGGAUUUUUCUUAGAACUUAUGUACGGACUAGAUGAAGGCAAGGAACUAACUGAGAAAAUUGAAUCAGCUCUUAAUGAAUUGUUUGGUUGCUAUGUUGAAACUGUUAAUGCCUCUUCUUCUAGAAAUAGAGGUUCAAAUUAAUGUCCAGUUCACAUCAAUGUAGAUGAGGAGGAUGAAGAGAAUCCAUGGGAUAUGCUAGCAUCUCAAUUAGAGCAACACAUGGAGGAGGUUGAGAAUGAAUCAAAUGAUUCAGAGUUGUCAAAGUAUCUAGCUGAUAAGCGUGAGAAGAGAAUUAAAGAGUUCGAUAUUUUAGAUUACUGGAAAGUAAGCUCGAAUAAGUAUCCCGUACUUCCCUUUUGGCAAAGGAUGUGCUAGCUGUUCCGACUUCAACGGUUUCUUCGGAGUCAGCUUUUAGCACAGGUGGGUGUAUUAUAGAUCCUCUUCGCUGCAGUCUAUCAACUGACACCAUUGAAGCUUUGAUUUGCGCGCAAAGUUGGCUACAGACAUCUCAAAGUAAAGUGAGUGCAAGAGAGACUGCUGAAGAGAUUCAAACCUAUGAGGAGAUUAGAGAAGAAUUUCUUUCAAAGGACUGCGUGGAUAACCAACAACAGAUUGAUUUCACUGAGUUUGAAGGAUAGCAAUUUCUGAUAAGGUGCAUAUUUUGUUUAUGACAAGAUUUCUUUGUUACACGCUACGGGUAUGCAAGUAUGAGAGUAUUCUUGGUGUAGUACAUCAACUUUAUGUGAAUGCAUUCAUAAAUUUCCUUAUAGUUUAGUUAACUUAAGCUAUUGUUAGAUUUAAGAAAUCUUUUGUAUGGAACAUGAUCAGUUCCCUAGGCAUGCCAUUCUCUUUUCGUGAGGGUGUUUCUUAUGUUGACUCAUUGCAAUUUCGGAUUAAAUCAAAGU